CUUUACAAUAAAAGAGGAGGGGCAACAUAACGGUAAUUAAAUAAACUCAAUUUACUUUAUUUUUAUUUUUUUCUUUCGCCGAUGCAGCUGUGUUUCUUUUUCUAAAUUCUUCAUUUUCUGCAUUAAAAUCUCCAACUCCGCCGUUGAAAUACGCUGCCAUUAUAGUGUCGCUUCGGAUUUCCAUGGUGACUCGUGAAUUCGGCGAUCCAUUGACAAUGUCUUUCUAUAUACUGUACACGUCGUGCACGUGCGUUAACUCUGGGUUACCGACAGGAGGUAGAUUAACCUAACUCUUAUCAGGUAUUUUGGCACCCACAUACUCAGGGUAAGCAGGUUCUGGGUUAAUCAACCCAGAUUUCAGGGUGUAGCAGAAGGUUAAUCAACCCUGCUUUCUGGAACACACCCCAGGUUGACUUAGCUGCUGCUUCGUUCAGUCCAGCCAGGAUGUGUAUUUAUUCUGCUACCUUUGACUGACACUACUGAACAAUAUGAACUGAACCUACAGCCAGCGGCGCCCCCUGCCGGGGAGUUUAAUUGAUGACAUCUGUAGUACAACUACACGGUAGUGGUUCUUCACACACUUAUAUUCAUUCACGUAAUGGACAAUUAGGGGUUUAAGAUUACUGAACAGCCGACACAAACCGGGGAUAAACGAGCAGCCGACAGAGGCCGAGGAUAAACGAGCAGCCGACAGAAGCCGACGAUGACCGAGCAGCCGCAUCACCUCUCCUCAGUCAGCAUCCAUUCCCGGUGAGGUAACCGGAGCAUGAGUCCGCUGCGUGACGAAGGAGCUUAAGCAGAACAAACCGGAGUUUGAAUUGCAUCCUUUCCCAGCCUUCCCCAGGUCAAACAUGCCAUUGGUGAAGCGAAUAAUUGAACCCAGAUAUUUGUGUCGUGGCACUCUGCCUGAUGGGGUCGCCAGCGAGCUGGAGUGUGUCACCAACAGCACCUUGGCUGCUGUCAUCAAACAGCUCGGAGGACUCAGUCGCCACGCUGAGGACAUCUUUGGGGAGCUGUUCACAGAGGCCAACAGCUUCUACCUGAGAAUGAAUAGCCUGCAGGAGAGAGUGGACCUGCUGGCAGUGAAAGUCACACAGCUGGAUUCCACCGUGGAGGAAGUGUCUCUGCAGGACAUCAACAUGAGGAAGGCUUUCAGGAGCAGUACCAUCCAGGACCAGCAGGUGGUGUCAAGGAGCUCCAUCCUUAACCCAGUGCUGGAGAUGUACCAACGCUGUGACAAACCCCCACCUCUAAACAUCCUGACCCCCUACAGAGAUGAUAAGAAGGAUGGUUUAAAGUUCUACACUGACCCAUCUUACUUCUUCAACUUGUGGAAGGAAAAGAUGCUACAAGCCACAGAGAACAAGCGCAAAGAGAAACGACGCCAGAAGGAGCAGAAGCAUGGGGAGGAGUCUUCAGGGCGGGAGGUGAAGAAGGUCCGGAAAGCUCGUAACAGGCGACAGGAGUGGAACCUCAUGGCCUAUGACAAGGAGCUUCGGCCAGAUGCUCGAGUGACACCUUCACCGUACCACACAUCUGAUGGCUCCAUGUCCCCUGACAGGUUAGAUGACCUCUCCUUUUCCACCAGCCCCCGUAACCGUGAUGCCCAUUGCCAUGAUGGCAAGGAUCCUAUUGCCACAGCAACCAGUGGAACGGGUCAGACCCAGUCAUUGGAUCGCAGCCUCCGACCCACUGGAGCAUGUUCUGCUGUUGCCGUAGCAACACCCAGGCAAAACUCGCUUGGUCGCAACCAACUGCAUCAUCACCACCAUCCUCCUGCUCCUGGCUCAACCAAUCAGAACGGAGCACGAAACAGCAGUGCCAAGGAGACCAAGGACCAUCAGAUUCCUCCGGCCCCACCGCCGCCACCACCACCCCCUAUGAUGCCAUCAUCAGGGCAGAGGGCAUAUCCCAACAGCUCCAGCCACACCACUGCCAAAUCAACACCGCUGCAUCCUGCAUCUGCUCCUGGUAACCAAGGUGGUGUUGUCGCCCUCUCCCACCCUUACAGCCCCACUCCUCCACCUCCUCCUCCAUCCAACUACGUCCCCUCACCCUUGCGGCCUGUGGGCCAGGCCGCACCCUCGACGGUAGCCGUGCCCCCGUUGCCACCAGCAUCAGAUGGCAGGAAGCCUCCAGGCGGACUGAACAUGCCUAUGAACGAUGCCCGCAGCGACCUGCUGGCUGCCAUACGCAGAGGUAUCCAGCUGAGGAAGGUUCAGGAGCAGCGUGAACAGGAAGAGGCCAAGAAACGAGAGCCUGCAGGCAACGAUGUUGCCACCAUCCUGUCACGACGCAUCGCAGUCGAAUACAGUGAAUCAGAGGAGGAGUCCGAGCCAGAGGACCAGGAGUGGUCUGACUGAGACGGCACUGAGCCUCUGCUGUCGGUCCACUGGUCACCAUGAGGGAAGAUGUUCCACUCAGUGUUUGAGUGAUCUGUUUUCACUUUAGAGCAUUCUGACAGUGCAACAGCCACAUUCUCACUAUAUUCUAUCCGAAACUUCAUGAGCUUAAACCAGGGCCUCUAGAUACAGACUCCAGAUUUAAAUGCACCAUCAGAUUUCAUCAGUGUUCAGUGAGAGUUUGGAUUUGGUUUGCACACGGUGUAAAAGAGAGCCUUAAUAACUGUAGGUGAUUCUGUGAACAAUGAAUCAUGGUGUUAGGUGGAAUUUAAUGAUAUGACCUGAUUACAUGACAUAGUUUAGGAGUGUAAAGAUGUGUCCAGCCUGACACCGGUCGAAGUCUGAGACCCCAUCACACGCACUGGAAGGACACAGGUGUUCGCCAUCGAGUGGCAGCGCUAUUACGAUUGGUAGGAGCCUUAUUGAGACGAUAACAAACACCAUGAUCGCAUCAAGAUGUCUGCUUCCUUUGCUGUGAAACAGGGUUAAACUGAGGUCAUCAACAAUCGCUGUGAGCCAUGUUGCAAGUCACGACCUGUGAGACAGAGUGGCGGGCGACUGCAUGAAGCCUUCGUCUGUGAACUUGCACCAGCCUCCUUUCAUUAAUUUACAGAACGUUCACAUGGAUGCUGAGUUCAGCCAUUGAGUUACAACCCAGAUCCACAAUUAGUCUGGAGGCGACAUUCAGUUUCUGUCUAUAUUCAUGUGAACAUGUAUGUUGUUUAUCAUUAUGAGGUUACCAAGCAACAGAUGAAGGUUGUCUCUCCCCGACAGAACUGACCCAAGUUUCAGCUUGACAUGGAGAAAAUGCCUGAAGUGAUGUUUGUUCACAAACAUGUGAAGGUGAACGACAUGCGUCCAUUGCAGCUUCAGUGUUAUGACCAAAAGUUCUAUGCUGUCAGUCAGCAUCAACCGAAGAGGGUGGCGUUAAAAGGAAGGUGUGGUGGGCGUGACCUAGAUGACAUCACAGGUUUGAUUGACACCCGCUGGAGGUGUUUUUCAGUUUGACCUGUAUAAAAAUCCUGAAUCCACGUGUGUCACUCAUCUACACAACCACAGACAUGCGCAAAAGGCUGAUUCAGCUUCAAAAUCUGCGUCAGAGGAAAAAAGCGAAAGCUUUUUUUAUUUCCUUUUGAGAUGUUAAAAAACGCAGCAUUUUUGGAAGCGUUUAGUGAUAAAAAAAAAUUAAUAUGUAGGAAAUAUAUUUGAUUUGAGUUCAUCUUAUGGUACUAUGGUGAUGCAUUAAUAUUGCAUCAUAGAUUUGUAUUGGUUGUAUUGGACACAUUAACUGUGAUGUAUCUGACCCACAGCAUUCAGUUACUGAGGUUUUAUUUUGACGAGAACCUUUUGAUAUUUGCCGCCGGUUUCCCACAAUGCUAUGUUGUGGUAUAGUCUUCACAGGUGACAUAAUGUUCCCUGCGCUGCCUUCAGGUGCAGGUUGGUUGUAGAGGCUUUUUCAUUUUGUGGAUCUGUGCUGUGCUUUUGUGUGAUUAGCUGCAUGAUGGUGGAACAAAAACAUUUAAUGAAAUUUACUGCCAAUAAGAAAGUAUUACUGUGUACCGAGAAACAACCCAGGUACCAAAUAUAAAACCUCUAAGAAUUUGUUUUUAAUGAA